UGGGAUGCGGACGGUCCGGGGUCGAGUCAGGAGGCCUACUGGGCAGCCCUGGACCGAUCGCUGAGGCUCAACCUGACCUGCCUCAGAGGGUUGUUGUGAGAGGCAUUGUGGUAUGCUGGUUGGCGUGCCAGACUGGGAUUCAGCAGGUCCAGGUUCUAGUCCUCACCCCGCCAUGAGGCUCGCUGGCUGACUUUGGGCCAGUUGCAGUCUUUCAGCCUUAGCUACCUCACAGGGUUGUUGUGAGGAAGUUUCCAGGUUGGGAAAGACUGCCCAAAAACCUGUCAGCCAUUUAGCUGCUUCUGCCUCUGCAUGGAGUGCUCUUCUUCAGACUCCUCUGGAAUAAAGGGGAUUUUCCUGGCCAAAAAUCCAAGCUGCCAAGCCCUGCCUGCUACUUGCUGGCCCUAAGAGUUGCUGCAGGACCAGAGCUGCUUCCUUUUCAAAAGAAGCAUGCUUCUAGUCCUCAUUGUGGCUCCAAAGCCAAUUACCAGGCGAAUUUCCGAGCACAGGAAGAAGUCAAACUAAAACUCUGCUCAGCACCAGAGACAGAUAUUAAUAAGCCAUUUCCGAGGCCCACACCCACUUUGGCAGUAUUUAAGGGAACCCGCCCAGCAGGGCUUCCCGCUCAGCCUUCCUGCAAGCUGUGUCCCAUGCAAAGAGUGGGAAGGGGUCUCUAGGACUGCUCCCGGGGCCACGUCCAGGCCCCCACAACCCAAUCCCCUCCCCGCAAGAAGGGCAGGGAAUGAGGAAAGCAGAGCCAAGCACAUUCCAUCUCUGGACUCAAGGCGGUGCUGUGAUCUAAAUGAACUUAGGGUGCAAACUGCACAUACACAGAGGCUUGACUGCCACGGUUGGUGUCAUGUAUCAGGAAUGCAGGCAGUGGGGGGAGGGGGCAUGAAGAGAAGUGCUUUGCAACCGAAGGAGCUUGGGUGGGUUUAUAACGGGGCAGGGGAAGUGUUCCCAAGUACAGUAAUAGCUAAUAAGAAGACUUUUCCCUCAGUGCACCCAGGGGCUCGAAAUCACCCCCUUUUUCUUUUGGAAAGGGCCACAGAGAUGAAGCUCAAGGCAUUCUGGGGGCUGCAGGUGCUCUGCAAGGGCCUGGACAGAGUUUUCUGCCUUGGCAAGGAUCCAGCAACAGCAUACAACGGCCUGCACUGGAAAAAGGGACUUUUCCUUGGAAGUUGGUCCCAGAACCAAGUCAACCCCACGAGGACUCGCAGAUUCUGCAAACUUGGGGGAGGGUUUCCUGGACUCCAGAACAGACCCUCCUGCUUGCAGGAUGAACUGCAGCCUCCGAAGAAGAGUCACGCAAAGAGCUCGUGCAGAAGCCAAACUGGAUCUGGGGCUGAGGCUGGCCCUGCAGCUUCUUACAAAGUCCAAGUGGCCACUGGGAAGUCCUGGGGCUCGGGGACCUUUGAUGCCAUCUCCAUCUCCUUGGUGGGCACGAGGGGCGAAAGCCCCAAGCAGCUGUUGAACAAGAUGGGGAGGGACUUCACCCCCGGAGCGGUGGAUGAGUACGAGGUGUCCAGCGACCAGGAGCUGGGCCAGGUGCUGCUUGUCCGACUCCACAAGGAGCCCUACCGGUUCUUCCCGGACGACAGCUGGUACUGCAGCUUUGUCCGGCUGACCACGCCGCGAGGAGAGACCUUACACUUCCCCUGCUACCAGUGGAUUGAGGGCUACCAAACCCUGGAGCUGAGGGAGGGGGCAGGCAAACUGCUGUGUGAGGACGCCGAUCACCCUUUGCUCCUGCAUCACCGGAGGGAGCAGGUGAAGGCAAGGCAGGACUGCUACAGGUGGGCUGAGUUUGCUCCUGGGAUGCCCCGGUGCCUGGCUGUGGAGAACCUCGAGGAGAUGGACACCAACAUCAAGUUCUCCUUUGUCAAGCUCAGCAGCUUCCUUCUGCGUUCGAAACUCACGGUGCUGGAGGUGAAGUUAAAAGGGUUGAUGAGGUGCCAAGAGUCUUGGAAGAACCUGGAAGACAUCCGCAGAGUUUUCUGGUUCAACAGGACACCUGUUUCAGAGUACGUUGCCAACCACUGGCAAGAGGACGUGUUCUUUGGCUACCAGUACCUAAACGGCGUCAACCCUGUGGUGAUCGAGAAAUGCUCCAAGAUCCCGUCCAACUUCCCCGUGACCCACGAGAUGGUAUCGGGAUCCCUGGGGAAGUCCACCACACUCCCGGAGGAAGUAGAGAAAGGGAGCAUUUUCAUUGUGGACUACAAGAUCCUGCAAGACAUUCCAACCAACACGAUUGACGGCCAGCCUCAGUACAUGGCGGCCCCGCUCUGCCUCCUCUACCAGACGCCUUCUGGGGACCUUGUUCCCAUCGCGAUCCAGCUCAGCCAAAUCCCCGGCCCCGAGAGCCCCAUCUUCCUUCCCAGCGACCCCAUGUGGGACUGGACCCUGGCGAAAAUGUGGGUGCGGAACGCCGACUUCCACGUCCACCAGAACAUCUCCCACCUUCUCCGGACGCACCUGAUGGCCGAAGUCUUCACUAUGGCUACCCUGAGGCACCUGCCCAUGUGCCACCCGCUCUUCAAGCUCCUGAUUCCUCACUUGCGCUACACCCUCCAGAUCAACGCGUUGGCCCGGGUGCGGCUCAUCCGAGAAGGCGGCAUGAUGGAUCUGGCCACCUCUGCAGGCUUCGAGGGCAUUGUGCCCCUCGUGGGGAAGGGCACGCAGAACCUGACCUACUCUUCCCUCUGCCUGCCGGAUGACAUUGAGGCCCGCGGAGUCGGUUCCGUCGCCAACUACUACUACCGGGACGAUGCAAUGAAGAUCUGGGCCGCCAUACAAAGUGGGAUCUUGUGUUCCAGCUUUGUGACCAGCAUCAUCAAAUUCUACUACCGGAGCGAUGACCGUGUCCGAGAGGAUCCUGAGCUCCAGGCCUGGAUUCAGGAGAUCUUUGUGGAAGCCUUCCAGAGCAGAAAAAUGUCUGGGGCUCCCUCAUCUCUGCAGACAAUGGAGGAUCUCAUAAAGUUCCUGACAAUGGUGAUCUUCACCUGCUCGGCCCAACACGCUGCCGUCAACAGUGGCCAGUUUGACUAUGGGGCAUGGAUCCCCAACAUCCCACCCACCAUGAGAAGACCCCCACCUACUGUGAAGGGCACAGCGACCUUGGAGAACAUCCUGGAGACCAUUCCUCAGGUGAACAUCACCUGCCUUGCCCUCUGUUCCCUGUGGCUGCUAAGCAACGAGGUGGGAGACACGAGACCUCUGGGGUCCUUUCCAGACGAACAUUUCACCGAGGAAGAGCCCAGGCGGCUUAUCGAAGCCUUCCAGAAUCAUCUAGCUGAGAUUUCCAGAAGAAUCGACGAGAGGAACAAAACCCUUCCCCUCCCGUACACCUACAUCAGCCCCCCGCAGGUCGAGAACAGUGUUUCCAUCUAGGUCUCAGGCGACGACCAGCCCUGGCACCAAACCUCGCCACAUACCCGGCCCCAAGGGAGAACUUGUCCGCCUUCUCAUCCUCAGCUGUUCAAGUCAAGCCCGGUUCCUCUCCAGUGGUCUUCUCUGACUCAGAACAUCCAAGGAGGUUUUGGAGGCCCUGCUCGGCCGAGCUGAGCAUUAAGUAGGCCUGGUGUGGAGCCGGCAAUUAAUGCUCUUUAACUGCUGUGGAACUGCGUGAAUGAGAAGCCAGCCGCUCGAUGGACUGGCCAAGUUGCCUGCAGCUUCUCCCUCGCUUUUUCUUGCUGCAAGACCUGCUGAUUCCGUGAAUUGAGGGUCCAGGGAAUCCUCCCUCUUUGGCCCCGUGCUCUCCAUUGUCUGUUGCUUUAUGUGGCUUUUGUCCCUCGUCCACACGACUAAUCCCUGUCUCCAGUCCGUGUGUCUUCUUUGGGCAAGGCUGGUUAGUUCUGCAAGCAGAGCAAACCCACGGGACCUUCUCCCACAAGCACACAAACACUGAGCAGAGUCUAAACGGAGCUGAGCGCUCACCCUCGUUAUCUGUUGCAGCUCCACUGUGAAUUCUUAAAACCUCUUGUGGUAGAGCGAGCAGUAUUUUCGAUCACCAUUUCUGGCCCCAGGAUCAUUCUAAGCUGCACUGAGUAUUUGCUCAGUUAGUGAAGGCGAUUGGUGUUGCUUUUAUUUGCCAGUGGGACAGUCUGCUUUGAAAUAAUGAAGUUAUGCGAUAUAUUACAAUUCCAAAUAACGUAAUAUACAUUUUGCACAACUUUCGAGACAGGGCAAUUGCUGUAGCAUCUGACAUUUUUCAGACUGUGCAUAUAAUUUGAAGGUAAGAGAUAUUUUAGACCAGGCUUUCGUAACCUAGCACUCUCCAGAUGAGAUGGACUACAAGUCCAUUAUUCCCAGCAUAGCCACACUGGCUGGGAAAGAUGGGAGGUGUUGUCCUGAACAUCCAGACUGUGACAGGUUGGGGGAAGGCAACUUUAGAUAGAUUAUAAUCAAUAAUGAUGGUUUAUUGGUGAUUAUGUACAUGGUUAUUUUGAUGGUUUAAUUGUUUGGAGUUGUUCCUGAUAUGUAUUGUAACCCACCAUGAGGACUUUUUAUAUAUGGAAAAGCAGAAUGUAUCCUUUAAAAACAAGUUACCCCCCCAAAUGUACAGUGUACCUAUAGUGAUCCAACACCUUCUCUAACUAGAAAAUGCUAUAAGCCAAAACCUGAAUGAUUUGAAAUAAGCACCUGAAUUUUUGCAAGC